AAACAAUAAUCAUGCGAAUAAUGUAUAAAUUAGAAAUAUUAAAUUAUAAAUCAUAUUAAUGGUUAACUGUCACUUCAAAAUGAAAAAUCAUCAACAUUGCCUAAGAAUAGUCAAAAAUAGUCAGAGUUAAUUUCUUAAGAACACAUUUUGAAAAUGUCGGGUAGUACUGUUUCAGUUUUGGCCCCAAACGGUCGUCGACAGACUGUUAAAUGUACAGCAAAUACGACAAUAAUGCAGAUUAUUGAAGAGGUUUGUCGCAAACAAGGUUUUAAACCGGAAGAUUACGACAUUAAACAUCACAACAAAGUGCUUGAUACAACAAUUUCUUUCCGUUUUUCUGGUUUGCCAAAUAACGCUCAAUUAGAACUGGCAACAGCAACCAAGACUCGCACUGAUUCUGAAGUAAUUCUAGCCAUAAAUUCCGAAAGCGGGGACCGAGUUAUGGGUAACUUUCAGCCAGAUGAUACUUUAUGGAAGGUACUGACAAACUUAUGCCCCAACAUUAAACCCGACGACAAUCCUGUUUUGGUGUAUAUGCGAAAUGAAAUUUACGGUGAUAAUUUGCAAAAAACUACUUUGCGAAGUUUGGGCCUUAGAGGUGGUAGAGCGAUGAUGCGAUUAAUGUAUCGACGACCUGAUGAAUUAAAAGUCCAAGCAAAUGUCUCUGCUCCUCUACCUACUAAACCGGCAGAGGAGAAACCUUUUCAUCGCAUCUUAAAGACUGAAGCUGAAUAUUCUAAAACUAUCCCUGAAGUGAAACCUUUACAAAAGAAAAAUGAAGUGGAUUUACUGAAAUUAGCACGGGAAAAGCGAAAAUUGAGCAGUCCCUCUAAAACACCGGAAACGGAAAUACAUUUGCCUAAAAUUAAACCAAAGGUUGAGAGUGAUGAAGAAAAGAUGGAUGUUGAUGUGCCUGAAAACGAGUCAAUUGCAAAUCAUCCAAAAGCGUCUGCUGCACAGCCAGUAACAAACCCACCAACAAGUCAGCUUGAGGAAGAUUUUGUCUUUCUUGGAGAACGCAAAGCAAUGUUGUUUUCUCUUGAAUCGGCCCGUUCUUUACCAGCUGAGGAACUUCCAGACGACUUUUUUGAACUCACAAUUGAUGAUGCUAAGAGAAUUUUGGGUGAUAUUAGACGAAAAAGGAAUGAAAUGGACAACGCUAAUUUAAUGACCUCUGCUAUGAGGAACUUAGAAGAAUCAAAGAAGCAAUUACGACAACUGCAUAAAUAUAAACAAUCAGUAAUUCGGGUACAGUUUCCAGACAGGUCAAUUCUUCAAGGGAGUUUUAAACCCAGUGAAACCGUUAAAGAUAUUAAAGAUUUUGUCACUUCGUAUUUAGAAGAUCCAAAUGUUGAUUUUCAUCUUUACACAACACCUCCAAAAAAUAUUCUUUCGGAAGAAUCGAAACUUUUAGAGAUUGGUUGCGUACCAGGGGCUUUAUUGCAUUUAGGAACAAAUGAUGGUGGCAGUUCUGUAUGUUUGAAAUCGACAUUGAGAGAUAAAUUUACAACAAACUCAAAAGCAAGUUUAGCGGCAUCACAUAUGAGGCAAAAAGGAACAAGACCGGAAUCUCCUACUGUAGAAAUGGGCCAAGACGAGUCUAUAGACACCUUGACUGAAGUGAAUGCUGCUGGACCAAGUACACAACCAACCAGUUACGAAAGGAAAGUCAUAAAAUCGACUGAAAAGGUCCCUAAGUGGUUUAAACCAUUUAAAUAAUUUUUUAUUGUUAAUUUUAUAUAAGUUCAUACUUAUAUUCUUUAAAUAAAAGCACUUCAGCAUUUAA